AUGCGCUUGACAGUCGAGCUCAUUCAGAAUUCCCUCUCAUACAUCAACCCGCUCACAGACCGCGAGCUGGAUCUCCGAGGGCACAAAAUCCCCGCCAUUGAGAACUUGGGUAUUGCCAAAGAUCAAGAUGCGAUCGACUUUACCGACAAUGACAUCUCCUCCCUCGGAAACUUCCCUCACUUCCCUCGCCUCACUACCCUCCUCCUCGCUCGUAACCGUAUCAAUCACAUUCAGCCGUCGCUAGCAACCUCCCUGCCUAAUUUGACGACCCUGGUCUUGACCGCGAACAACCUUUCUGAGCUGGUGGAGCUGGAUGCGCUGCGGAGCUUGACUAAGUUGACACAUUUGACUCUUAUGGAGAACCCAGUGACACGGAAAGAGAACUACCGCUACUGGGUCAUCUGGCGCAUUCCCUCAGUCCGCUUCCUGGACUACCGCAAAGUGAAAGACGCCGAGCGCACCCAAGCAAAGGAACUAUUCGGCACCUUCGACGAGCCCUCAUCCCUCGCAUCCAAGAUCCUGGGCGUCAAGUCCCGCACCUUCGACGUCACCAGCGCAGCCGAGCGCGCCCCCACCGAGAAGGGCAUCCGCGUACAACUGACCGAGCAGGAGCGCAAGCGUGUAGAAAAAAUGAUCCGCGAGGCAAAGAGUCUGCAGGAGAUCACAAGGCUAGAGAAGGAACUUAACGAGGGCCGGAUACCAGGUGGAGCACUCGGCGCGGAGGACGCGGACGGGGACGUGCAGAUGUAA